AUGUUUCUAACAAUAAUAUACUUUAUAAUUGUUUUCUUGAUAACUUACAAGAUUUAUCAGAAAAUAACGCUAAAAAAGUUUAUCUCGGACAUUAAAAUACCAAAUAAACUAGUGAUUGUGACCGGAGCCAACACUGGCAUUGGUUAUGAGACCGCUAAGGAACUGUCUCGACGAGGUGCGAAAGUCAUCCUCGCAUGUAGAGAUAUAAAAAAGGCCGAAAAAGCUGCAAAGGAGAUAAAAGCAUUUACGGGAAACGAGGUCGUACCUAAAUACUUGGACUUGGCAUCAUUUAAAUCAGUUACUGAUUUCGCCAAAGAUAUAAUAGAAACAGAAAGAAGAGUGGAUAUCUUAAUUAACAAUGCCGGUACGGGUGUUUUGGAUAAUUCUCUAACUGAAGACAACUUGCCAGUUGAGGCACAGGUCAAUCAUUUCGGGCCAUUCUUACUGACAAUGUUACUGCUACCAGCGAUGAGGGACUUGAGACCUAAAGCUCGAGUUAUUAACGUAUCGUCACUAAUGCAUAAGUUUGGGACAGUGGAGGAUUUAGAUAAGCAAGCAAAAACUUCAUUUGGGCGCAGAAGGGUUUAUGCAAAUACGAAACUAGCGAACGUACUGUUUACAAAAAGAUUGGCGGAGGAGGUUAGACGGAACAACGUGAUUGUGAACUGUUUGCACCCUGGAGCAGUAAACACAGACAUAUUUCGGAAUCAGCCAAGGAUAGUUCGAUUCCUAUUGAAGUUGUUCUUCCUUACGCCUGAAGAGGGCGCGCAGACUUCAAUAUUUCUAGCUGUCUCUGAUUACUUUGACGAGAGAAUUAUGACUGGAAAGUACUUUUCCAACUGCACUGAAGAAAGUCCUUCCGAUAGAGCUUUGGAUCGCGAAGCCGCCCAAAAAUUGUGGGAUUUAUCACUGAAGAUUUGUUUUAAAGAUGCUAAGUUAAAUGAGGCUACUGGUAUUUCACAAUAA